AUGGAUUUAGGAGCAAAUCAUCUGCAGCAACAGCAGCAUCGGCAGCAGCAACACGAUCUUUCGCAUUUUUCUGGGCAUUUGCUUAAUGCUAGCAAUGCUGCUGCAUUAGAAGUCUCGGCUACUACUGCUGCUUGCGCUGUUACCACUACAAGCAAUAUCGCUGCCACCGCUCUGUUAUUUGAUGGUUCCGCAGACAGGGGCAACAUCCUUACGGUCGCCAGUACGGCAUGUCCGCCUUCUUCUAGCCCGUCAUCCAGCAUUUUUUCAACUGCGCAACAUGAUAUCUAUCGUAUACCAAACAUUGCUGCUGCCGACCGAAUUCCUGCUACAUUGGAUAAUAUAGCCGGCAAGUUACCAAAGAGUAAGUAUUAUUAUUUGUUCCAAAUACAGCCAAGCUGA